AUGGACGUAAGAGUCACUGUAGAGGUGGUUACUCGGGGACAGUGGGGAGCAGCAGCCCCUCGAUGCCAGGAGACCCUCAAGUGUCCUGCUCAAAGAGUUGUCAUACACCACACGGCACUUUUGCACUGCGGGGGCAUCCGAGAAUGCAUGGACCAGCUCAUCCACAUACAGACAAUGCAUAUGCAGCAUAGGAACUUUGAUGACAUUGGAUACAACUUCCUUAUUGGGGGAGAUGGCACCGUGUAUGAGGGCCGUGGCUGGGGUGUUGUGGGCGCACAUACCAAGGGCAACAACCACAACUCUUUGGGCAUUGCCUUCAUGGGCAACUUCAACAAUGAGAGCCCCAGUCCAGCAGCCCUGUCAUCUGUUAAACAGCUCCUGCAGUUUGGGGUUUCCCAGGGGCAUUUGUACCCUGGAUUUACCCUGCUUGGGCACAGAGACUUGAGGGACACCGAAUGUCCUGGGGAGAGACUAUAUGCUGCACUAAAACAUCUAAAAUUUCCCUGA